UCCUCUCCGCACAGACAUGUACUUGCUCUCGGCAGUGAUGCUGUGCGCUCUGCUGCUGUGCGCUCCCGGAGCUCCAGCCGAAGACGCGCCCACCGACAGCCCGGCAGGUGACCCCUCAGGUGAGGAGGAGGAGGAGAUGCCUUCUGACCUGUUGAGCGCCUCCCCGGUCUGGGCCUCGAUUCUUGGCGCAACCGAACGCCACAAGGAGGAGUUUGAAGAGGAAUUCAAAGAAGAUGGCUUUAAAUAUAUUAUUCUGGAGCCCUACAACAACAACACCUUACUUCCAGCACGCUGCUCUCACUAUAACUUCAGCAAGGAGGCUUGUCUCCACAGGAUGUUUCACGGCCUGCUCAUUUACACAGUUCUUCUCAAGUAUGUGGAGAAGGAGUACCCCGGCAACUCAAUCUGCAAAGAGUUCAGAUACUACGGCGGCCUCCUGAUCAACCUGAUCAAAGGAAAGAUGAGACACCGUGGCCAGGUCACAGCGCUGACCAGCAGCCAGGAGGCGCAGCUGCUCAGGGACCUCGACCUCGACCCCAUCGAGUUCCGCAGAAAGAUGAUUGCACACAGCAUCCUGCGCCAGCUCCACUACUUCCUCUUAGAAGGCAAAACAGUGAUUACUAAAAAGGAGAUCAGGCAACGUCAGGCCAACAGAACUUUGACACCCAUCGCUUUCAACCAAAUGUUGAAAAGAUGAGUAUUAAAAAUGAGUUAUGAAGGAAUACCGCAGGGAAAGCGGGUGUUGCUAACUCUGUUACUGUCUUCACAAGGUUUUAUUUUUGUUUCUAGGGGGGAAAUGCUCUGAGUGCACCACCUAGAUGCAAUCUCUGACUGUUUAAAUCUUAAAAAGGCACCAGGAAUUGAAUCUCCCACUAUUGCACAACUUAUUUAACCUAUUUAUAUUUGGCGAAAAAGUGUUAUUUAUUAGUCAUAGGAAAAUCCAUGAAUGUGGUGUUUCUUGCUCUA